AUGGCAUCUACAAGUGCCGAUUCGCAGUCGUCCAUCGCACAGAAAACAUGGGUUAUGUCGAAUAACAUCGAAACUGUAUCCAGUGUGGACGAAAUCUAUCGUUAUGAUAAAAAACAACAACAGGACAUUCUUGCGGCUAAGCCUUGGGAGAAAGAUCCGCACUUCUUCAAAGAUAUCAAGAUCUCUGCUUUAGCUCUUCUCAAGAUGGUGAUGCAUGCUCGUUCCGGAGGUACCUUGGAAGUUAUGGGAUUACUUUUAGGUAAGGUAGAUGCAAACACAAUGAUAGUAAUGGAUUCCUUCGCUCUGCCUGUGGAGGGUACGGAGACCAGAGUGAAUGCUCAAGCACAGGCUUAUGAGUACAUGACUGCAUACAUAGAAGCUGCUAAGCAGGUUGGUCGUCAUGAGAAUGCCAUCGGCUGGUACCACAGCCACCCUGGCUACGGCUGCUGGCUGUCCGGCAUUGAUGUCUCCACACAGAUGCUGAACCAGAACUUCCAGGAACCAUUCGUAGCCAUCGUCAUUGAUCCCGUUAGAACUAUCUCCGCUGGCAAAGUCUGCCUUGGUGCUUUUAGGACUUAUCCCAAGGGCUACAAACCAGCAAACGAGGAGCCCUCGGAAUACCAGACAAUCCCCCUCAACAAGAUUGAGGACUUCGGAGUGCAUUGCAAGCAGUACUAUUCACUAGAAGUGUCCUACUUCAAGUCCUCAUUGGACCGCAGACUACUGGACUCUCUCUGGAACAAGUAUUGGGUGAACACUCUGAGCAGUUCCAGUCUGAUCACUAAUGCUGACUAUACUACCGGACAAAUAUUUGACUUGUCGGACAAACUGGAGCAGAGUGAAGUUUGUCUUGGCCGCGGUGGAUUCAUCGUCGCCGGCGCUGACCCACAUGAAAAGCGAACUGAAGAUAAACUAGGCAAGGCGACCAAGGACGCCUGCAAGACUACCAUCGAGGUGAUCCACGGCCUCAUGGCGCAGAUGAUCAAAGACAGACUGUUCAACAGCGUCAGCGGACGACCUGCACCCGCCACACCCAUGAUUGAGUGAAAUAAAUAUUUAAGACUUUUCUAACUUAAUAAAUGUAUCAGUGAUCUAUGUAUGAAGGGUGUUUAAGAAAUAAAAGCAACCAAUUUGAUUAUAUAAACA